GGUACUGGAAACCACACCUCCGCUCACGCCCCCAGGUUCUGGUCACGUGGUCAACAUUGCGCAGUUCUUUCGAGAUACAAAGGCGAACAACAUGGACGCAGCGGUAGCGGGGAAAAGAAAACACUUCGAUACGGACGAAGAUGCAAGCAAUCGAAAGAAACAUCAGGCAGAAACUGGAGAAAAGAAACAUACAUCAAUAGUGUUUGCGUUAAAAGAGAAAGUGGGGUCCCUAGCCAGGGCUCUGAAACUUUUUGAGGAUCAUAAUGUUAACAUGUCACACAUUGAAUCGCGUCCAUCUAAACGCUCCAAGACAGAGUAUGAUUUCUUUGUGGAUUGUGAAGAACUCCAAGGAGCCAAGCUUGAAAAGUUUUUGAACGCUUUGAAAGACCAAGCUUUGUCAAUAACUCUGCAUUCAGAAGAUGGAGGAGGAGACCUGGCUGAUGUGCCAUGGUUUCCACGUAAGAUUGCUGACCUGGACAAAUUUGCCAACAGAGUGUUGAGCUAUGGAGCAGAGCUAGAUUCUGACCAUCCGGGCUUCACAGAUCAAGUCUACCGAGCUCGCAGAAAGGAGUUUGCCGAUAUUGCAAUCAAAUAUAGACAUGGUGAGCCUAUCCCUCGUGUGGAGUAUACAAAAGAUGAGAUUAAAACGUGGAAUAUGGUGUUUACUGAGUUAAGCAAGCUCUAUCCUUCUCACGCUUGUCGUGAACACAAUUACGUGUGGCCGCUGUUGGUGCAAAACUGCGGCUACAGGCUGGGUAACAUUCCACAGCAGGAUGAAGUAUCAAAGUUUUUAAAAGAGUGUUCAGGGUUCAGUCUUCGUCCAGUAGCUGGGCUACUGUCAUCACGUGAUUUUCUUGCUGGCCUCGCCUUCCGUGUGUUUCAUGCAACUCAGUACAUCCGUCAUGGUUCAACACCCAUGUACACACCUGAACCGGACAUUGUACACGAACUCAUAGGCCACGUACCGCUUUUCGCUGAUCCUGAUUUUGCUCAGUUUAGUCAGGAGAUUGGUUUGGCAUCUUUAGGAGCCCCAGAUGAGUGGGUUGACAAAUUAGCAACGCUGUACUGGUUCACUAUCGAGUUUGGAUUGUGUAGACAAGAAGGAAAAGUCAAGGCUUAUGGAGCUGGGCUGUUGUCUUCUUUUGGUGAACUGCAAUACUGUUUGACUGAUGAACCAGACAAGAGGCCGUUUGAGCCAGAGAAGAUUGUAGUUCAAAGCUACCCUAUAACCAAGUAUCAACCAGUGUACUUUGUGGCUGACAGUUUUCAAACUGCAAAGGAAAAAGUCAGGGAAUUUGCUGCCAAAAUCCCCAGACCUUUCUCGGUUCGUUACAACCCGUACACACAGUCUGUGGAAGUCCUGGAUUCUAAGGACCAGAUAAUGAAAUUGGCCAAUGACAUCAGAGGUGACGUGUCCACCCUGCACGACGCACUCAGCAAAUACGAGUAGACUGCGAAACAACUGAUGAACGAAUCUGGAAAACAAACGAAUGUUUCAAACGUUUUAGAAAUACACCUACUUUAUCGGUAAAAAGAUAUUUUUCGACUCGGAAGACUGUAGAGUACUGUGCGCAGAAACAACGCAAUUCAGUGGCUUUUUCUACAUGUAGAUAUUGUGCCUUGAAUUCCUUUAAGGAAAAAAUAUAGUAUUUUCUUAAAAAUAUACAGUUACCUCGCACUGAAACUCACGUACCGGAUCCUGCUCCAACUAUCCUCUUUAGAGAGGUGUUGUUAUCCUUGUGUGGGAUUAUAUAAACGACUAUAGUAUAGUUUUACUCAACCUAUUGGCUGUACUGAAAGGUGUCUUUUAAUUUAGUCAAAAUAGAAUAGAACAAAUUUCACAUAGUUGCCUAUUUUUGGAAUACGAAAAACUCCCAUAGGUUGACAGUAGCGUUAAAACGAGGUAUUUAAAUAGAAUCAAGUAUUUAAUGAUGUAAGCUGUUGUAAGCAAAACCUGAGAAUAUUUAAUAAACAAGUCUGCACGUGUCUAUAA